AUUAAUUUUAACAAAUUAAUUUUAUAUCGCUUUUAUCAGCAAUGGACACUAAGGUAGUCACAUACUUUCUGUGCGGGAAGUGCGACUAUCAGUCUACCCGCAGGUACGAUUUGCGGCGACACCAGCAGCAACAUAACAAAGUGAGGGACUUUGAUGGGAUAGCCUACAACUGCAACCAAUGCUCUUUUGUUACCAAAUGGAAACGUAACAUAAAACGGCACUAUCAAAGGCACAUACACAAGGAAGAAACAUCAGAAUCUGAAACAGUUGAGUCCAUUAUGAUAGAAUUCUUACAACCAGAAGUAUCCAGUUCCGCAGAUGAAGACGAUGCUCAGCAUAACGAUCCCUCUGCAAUGAAUGAGUUACAUUUGGAGCAAUAUGUUGCUGCGGUCGAGACUACAGAUACGGAAAUGUUAGCUGCAGAAGUCUCAGAUGAACUUGUAGAAGAGGUGGAAACGCAAGAAGCUGAUGAUGAAGCUGAAAAGAAACGUUAUCAAUGUCAGCAGUGUGAAUAUGAAUCCAAUAGAAUGUUUGACCUACGACGACAUAGAAUGCGACACACUAGAGUUAAACAAAUAGAUGGUACAGCUUUUACAUGCUCGGAGUGCUCCUUUGUUACCAAGUGGAAGAGGAAUGUUGUGCGCCAUAUGCGAAUGCAUAAACGACCGCAAAGUUCCAAAUAUUCCUCAGAUUUUGAUGAGGAUGAGGAAGAACAAUAUUUGGAAAAACCUCAAGCUCCGAACAUACUACCGAAAGAAUGGGAAGCCAUUUCUAUAGAUGACAUAGAAAUAACACAACACGAAAAUAACAGUAGAGAUAAAAAUGUAUAUACGUAUUCAAUACAACAAAAAACGAGUUAGGUUAAAGAA